AUGAUGGUAGAAGUUAAACUAAGAUUGCUGAAAUUCCUAAGUAAAUUUAGAUUGUGAAAAAUUAAUUAGAUCAAGGUAAAGUUAUAUUUAGUUCUUUUUUCAGGGCAGAAUCAUCAGAAAGUUUAGGUGAUUAGAUAGAUACAUAGUGAAAUCAAAAAGUUUUUAGAUUACUUAUUAGAAGAAAAAAAAUUAAGAGAAAAAACAUUAGGGAAAAUAUGGCAAAUUUACAUUAAGAUAUUUCAUUUGAUAGAAGGAAGAGAAACUAUAACUGAGGCAUUCUAAAAAUUAUUAGAUGAUGCUUGCGUCAAACUAAAUAAAAAAUUUGAUAUUGAUAUUAUUUUAUCUAUAUCAUAAGAUACUAUUUUACAUUUAAAUAAUUAUAUUGAUUAAAAAGAUGAUGUUAUUUAAAAUUGA